GCGCAAAGACGGGCAGGGCGAAGCGAGACGACAAAAAACAGAGAGAAAGAAAGAGAGUCCAGCCAUGGCAUUUUUCACUGGGAUCAGAAUUUGGAACGGGUUCCUUUCUCGGAUUAUAAAUUGACACGUUUUAAUGAAACGAAGGAUCGCGCCGCGCCGUGUUUGGAUGAGUUGCCGACGUCCAAGAAAAUCCAGCGAGAGAAGACGGAUCGUUCGCCAUGUCGCUGUCGACGGUGUUGGCGAAGGCCCUGUUUGAUAACGUGGCGGAGAGCUCGGAGGAGCUGGCGUUUCGGAAGGGGGACAUCCUGAUGGUGCUGGAGCAGGAGGGGGGGGGCCCGGGCUGGUGGGUGUGUUCUCUGCACGGCCGGCAGGGCAUCGCCCCCGCCAACAGGCUCCGCCUCCUCAACGCCACCAGCACAGACCCCGCCUUCUCCGGCUACCUCAGCCCCGCCCCCAGCGCAGACCCCGCCUCCUCCGGCUACCUCUGCCCCGCCCCCAGCGCAGACCCCGCCUCCUCCGGCUACCUCUGCCCCGCCCCCAGCGCAGACCCUGCCGCUCUGGUGUACCUGGCGCCCCGGCCCCUGGCUGAGGACUGUGUGUACCUGUCCCCCCCCUGUGUAGCGGGGGGGCCCCGCGCACGCUCCAGCUCCGCGUCCCGCCCCCAGGACUGGGGUGGGGGUGUGCCAGGGGGGCGUGCCCGCUCCCCCUCCCUCAGGGGCCGGGGGUGUGACCCCAAACCCCAGACCCUGUAUCAGACUCCGCCCCCCCCUGUCCCCCGUGCCGAGGCGGUGUCCUUGGCCCCCCCCGGCCCCCCCCGCGGCACUGCUCCCAGCGAGGAUGUCUAUCAAACUCCCACAGGGGGCGUGGCUGCUGUUGGCCCCUCCCACAUAGCUUCCACAGGCAGCCCCAUGACCCCCGUGACCCGGAAGCACCUCGCCCAGCCGGACCUGACAAACGGGGUUCCCCUCGGCCAGGAGAGCACGGGGCUCUACCAGACUCCCGCUCACCGAGGGGGGGGGGGCAAGAUGCCUCAGAGUAAGCCUGUUGCCCCCUGCCCCCGGGGCAAACUGCCCCCUGCCCUGAGGAUGGGCAAGGCACAGGGCUCCCCCAGCUUCACACGCAAAGCCCCGCCCCCUGCACCACCAAUCAGGGGCGUCACCAAGAAGGACACGCCCACGACCAGAGAGGGGGAGGGGUCUCUGGGGAGUGAGGUCAGCAGUAAGGGGGAGGGACAGAAAGACAGCACGAUGGAGGAGGAGAAGAAGAAGAAAACAAAGAAGGAGGAGGAAGAGGGAGAGUAUGAAGAGCCAGAUGAUCAGAACACUCAGGUGUAUGAUACCCCUCCCACCAGUAGGUGGCAGCACACAGCAUCGCCUGCAGUCUGCGUGGAUGAGAGCAUCUACAACACUCCCCGCGUCCACCCUGCAAACACAGAGCAGGGGUCAGAGGUCUAUGAUGUUCCCACUCUGCCAGUCACCAUGGUCUCAGACAUCCAGCAGCAGACCUCCAGUAUCCCAGCCUGCCUUGCGGCUGGAGAGGAGGUGGAGGAGGAUGUGUACAGCGUGCCCUCGCUUCCCGGCGAUGUCUCGGGCAGCUCUGGGGCUGGCCUGCUGUACUCUGUCCCUGGCCCCGCCCCCCGGGCUGACGGACAGGUCCUUCCCCGGGAGGGGGCGGAGCCGGACUGCGGGGUCUAUGACAUGCCCGCCCCCAGCACCAGCUCGGGCGACGUCCAAUGGAAAGGCUCCCUCUCCGCCCUCAUCCAAUCAGCUCUCGGCACCGCCUCUCUGGCCACUCCCUCGCCGCGCGAGCUAGCUGCCUCGUUGGCCGAGAUCCUGUCUGUCUGGAGGGGGGGUCAGGAUGGCGACGCCCCUGCCCCGCCCCUCCUGCAGGCCUGGUCGCGCCUCUCUGACCCUCUCCCCGCCCUCGCUGCCUGUGGCCCCGCCCCUCCCUCCGAGGCUCUGCUCUCAUUGGUCCGCCGGGCCCUGGAGGACUCCGCCGCACUCCUGCAGAUCCAGGCUACGCCCGGCAGGCCCCGCCUACCUUCCCAGGAUUCCCUGUCUCGACGCCCACUGCCAGCGCUGCCCGUCGCUGAGACUCCUCCCCUGAACGUGGGCAUGGGGGGCCGUAAGGGCAGCUGGAUCCAGGAGAGGCCCCUCCCACCCCCGCCCCCACCCACCUUCCCCCUCCCCCUGGCCCCGCCCCUUCUCAUCCCCACCAGCGGGCCAGGGGAGGAGGAGGAGCUGGGGAACGAGUACGCUGGGAUUGGCCUGACCACAGCCCCGCCCCCUUUCAAUGGAGGAGACUGCGUGGGAUAUGUCAAGCUGCAGGGGAAACCUGACCCCUCCAUCACUGCACCUACAGAGAACGGCCCUCCCCCAACGGAGCUCCCCACAGCUGAGCAACGGGCGAGCCCCUCUCCGCCCCUCCCUCUCUCUCUCUCCCUGGAGGACUCGGAGCUGCUCUCCUUCUACUCGUCACAGAGCCUGUCGCACCUGUCCUGCCUGGCCGACUCCAUCCACGCGCUCUUCAGCAGUGUGGAGGGGAACCAGCCUCCCCGAGCCUUCGUUUCCCGGGGGAAGAGUCUUAUCGUGACGGCCCAUAAGCUGGUCUUCAUCGGGGACACCCUGUCUCGCCUGCUGACCUCCCCGGACCUCCGAGGCAAGGUGACCACCGCAGGAGGACGUCUGUGUCAGGCUCUGAAAGCUGUCGUCGUGGCAACCAAGGGGGCAGCCCAGAAUUACCCAUCAGUCCCUGCUACACAGGAAAUGGUCGACCGUGUGGCGGAGCUAUCCCAGCAUGCAGCGGGGUUCUCCGGGCUGCUGCAGCGGCUGGCUGAGAUUUCAUGAGACUCUUCCACAUCAUCUGUGUGUGUGUGUGUGUGUGUGUGUGUGUGUGAGUGUGUGUGUGAGUGUAUGAGUGUGUGUGAGUGUGUGUGAGUGUGUGUGAGUGUAUGAGUGUG